UAUGCAAGGGACCGUGAGCCAGUUGCGGCUUCUCCGCUGGAUCGUCAGGACGCAGACGAACUGAAAUCCGCCAGCUGAAUGACUGUGAAGCCUGAGCGGCUUUUCUUUUUCCUGGAAUCCAGUUCAGUGCCGGAUUACAUUCCAGUGCCGCUAUUCCCUAGCCGAUGUGUUCAGAGUGACGGGCUUUUCUGUACACACAUACAAAUACACACGGAGUCAUCGAUCGGACGGCCCGCGGAAACUGAAGCUGAUGCCCUUUUGCUUAUAGAGCCUCUUGCAAGCGCGUGCCGCCAGUUGAACAACUCGCAGUUGCGUGUGGUGUGAGCUUGCGCGCGUCUGUGUGUGUGUGUAUGUGUGUGUACCCGCCAAGUGUGGUGUUGUGUGUGUGUUAGAAUGUGACUGUUUGCAGUCGACAAGAAGGAUCCGCACCGGAUAUUGAACCGGAAACCUCUCUCUAGUCCGCAAUAAGUAAUAAGUGAAGGGGAAAAUACAGAACGGUCCCUAAGAUCGACUGAAUGUGUGAUGCAAUUGUCGAAUCGAUCGUAAAAAAGCGAUUGGAAACUGAAUUACAUCUACCGAACAAAAAUUCGCUCAGCGCUCAAUGCCAGAGGCAUGCAAUCCUCGCGCACUGAUUCCAACUGGCUACUCUAAUUGGAUUAAAUUCCUCUGCUGGGUCUUCGAGUUGAUGAGUGCUAGCGAAGGGGGACUUUAUAAUUUCCUGUUGCCCCGCUGAACCCACUGACGCGCCAAGCAACUAAAGCGGGUGCACACUAAAAAAUUCAAUAUGGAAUCGACAUUGUCGGUAGAUCAAAACCGAUUGGCGGGGCAACAGCAACCGGUGCCACAAAGCCAGCCGAAAGUUGAAUUGGCAGAGGAAGAGGCCGGUAACAGCGUCAGCGAAGGCGGCAGUUAUGAACGACAUUUUUCUCCAUCUGGACAACAGCUGGCUACGCAGACUAACCUUGAGCCUGGCUCUCAAGUUAAAGCAACCAAAUCCGUUCUGUUUGACACUCGGUCAACCACCCAUGCCCACAACAAGAAAGUUCAAUCAGUGGCCGACUGCUGGCGUUGGAUGGUGCGUGGAAGCAAUCUGAUAAAAGUGCGACCCAAUGGACGUACUUACAACCGCUUCUUUUCGCUCGACGAUGACCUGUCGUGCAUUCGAUGGGUACCAACUAGCAAGAAAGCUUCAAAAGCAACCGUUCCAAUAUCGAGCAUCCGUGAAGUGCGCUCUGUCCAUACGUCAGAGGUACUAGGACAAGGUGCCUCUUCUGUGCCUACUUCUGGCGCAGGUGUGGCCGUGGCCGUUGCAGCUUCCACCACUUCUUCGGCUUCUUCGACUUCCGUUGGAGCUGGAUCUAGCACUUCGUCAUUGGAUUGGACGUUCUCCAUAAUCCACGGGGACGAUUUCUCUUCGUUGGAUUUAAUUGCCUCCUCGGCCGAGGAAGCAACCAUCUGGGUCACUGGCCUCAACGCCCUACUUGGCACCCAAUUAUCACCGAAUGCGCUGGGAGAGACGGAUGUGCUGCGAGUGCGCUGGCUGCGAGAGGCUUUCGAGAGGGCCGUUUCAGAUACAACGGCCUCCAUCAAUGAAAUUAACAAUGCUGACGAGACAUCUGCCAACGCCUUACUCAACCUAGACCAAGAUGCGGCAAUGGCUCUCCUGAAGGAAAUCAACGCCGACUUGGCUGCAAGCCGAAUACGUCAAAAAAUGGCGGAGUUUGACUCGAUGAAAUCUCCUGCCGAUCGCGGUCGGAUCAAUAGCGAUGAGUUCGUCACCAUGUUCCAAGAAAUGGCUACCCGACCGGAAAUAUACUUCCUUCUCAUCCGCUUUGCCAAUCGUGAUUAUUUUACAGUCGAAGACUUUCGUCAUUUUCUUGAGUGUGAACAAGCGAUGACAGACGUGACGUUGGAAAAGUGCUGCCAAUUGAUUCAACUUUAUGAGCCGUCAUCGGAAGCAAGAGCAGACAAUCAACUAUUGCUCGAUGGUAUGACCCGCUUCCUCCUGUCGGAAGAAGGCGACAUCUUCCACCCACAACAACUGCACGUCCAUCAGGACAUGACUGCUCCCAUGUGCCAUUACUUUAUUUCGUCUUCUCACAAUACCUACCUGCUGGAGGACCAACUGAGAGGACCUUCGUCGGUGGAAGGAUACGCCCGCGCUCUCCAAAGUGGAUGUCGAUGCAUCAAAAUCGACGUCUGGGAUGGUCCCGAAAUGCCCAUUGUUUACCACGGCAACACAUUGACUAGCAAAAUCGCCUUCUCCGAUGUAGUUUCUGUCAUCGCCCAAUUCGCCUUUGAAGCCUCCAAGUACCCACUCUUCAUUCACUUGGAGAACCAUUGUUCAAUAUCGCAACAGAAAAUAGCCGCCCGAAUAAUAACAGAGCUCUUUGGACAAGCUCUUCUCAAAGCGGCUGACAAGCCUUUAACACUAACCAGCCCAGAAGAAUUGAUCGGCAAAAUCAUCAUCUUCGGCAAGAAAUUCGGUUCGGAUCAAACGGAAGACGGAGGAGAUGUCACCGACGAGGACGAAGGUGCCGAAACGAACCGGACGCGAGCCGGUCGGGUAGGACAAGCGUCUCGCCGGCUUCGAAUUUGCCGAGAGCUAUCCGAUCUGAUUGCUUUGAAUCGUGGAAGCAGUAUUAAAUUACCCAGCAGUCGUGAUAAAAAAGUAUUGCAGCAAUGCGGCUAUUCGCUGAGUGAAAGCGCAGCUUCCCGUCUACAUGCGAGCAGUCCCGGCAUGUGGACGGAAAUGGUUCAACGUUCAUUGCUACGUGUCUUCCCGAACGGCAGUCGAGUCGAUUCCAGCAAUUUCAGUCCGCUAGAAUUCUGGAAUGCCGGAGUGCCAAUGGUUGCGCUGAACUUCCAGACCCCCGGUUUGAUGAUGGAUUUAUACGACGGCAAGUUCCGCCAGAAUGGCGGAUGCGGAUACGUUCUUAAGCCAGCAAUGAUGCGGCAGCCCGGGUUCAGCGUUCCAUCAAGCCUUAGGGAGAGUGCGCCCAUUUCACCACCGCAGCUCUUGCGAAUCAGGAUUAUUAGCGGACAGCAGUUGCCCCGUCCAAGAGGUUCGGCUGCCAAGGCUACUAUCGUCGACCCUUAUGUACUUAUUCAAAUAUACGGCAUUCCAAUCGACUGUGCCGAGAGGAAGACACGGACGAUUCCAGACGAAGGAGACUGUCCCAUCUUUGAGGAGAGCCUCGAGUUUUAUAUUCACCAUCCCGAAAUGGCCCUAAUCCGUUUCAUUGUCCUGGAUGACGAGUUCAUCGGUGACGACUUCAUCGGCCAAUACACCAUUCCAUUUCCCUGCAUUAGACCCGGAUAUCGACACGUUAGGCUGCUGUCUAAUUUAGGGGAAGCCCUUGAAAACACGACGCUGUUCGUCCACGUUGCCGUCAGCGAGAAAUGGGCCGGAGAGCAGCUAUUACCGAAAAGCCGGAACAAGCACGGCAAGAAACAGGCAGUCAUUCGGAUGACUGGCCUGAGACAGCUAGACGAACAUUUCAAGAGUUCAAUAGGAGCCAUGGUGGAGGCCUCUAGGGCUCGUAAUAACGUGGCCCAGGCGCUAUUCGAAUUGCGCUCCGAAUGCGGACUUCCCAUUACGGCCAACGUGAAACAAUGUCUGCGCGUUCUCCUUCAACGUCUAGCCAAUUGUCCCGAAGUCGUCAGCUGUCAGCUCAGCUCGGAUAAUGUGUUUCCUGUUUUGAAAGUGGAGACGAACAGCGGAGGCGGCGUGAGCAGCGGCAACGGUUUGGGCAACUUGCCAACACCUCUGUAUCGUACGCUGGUUGCCUUUGAGAAAUCGAUACUUGAAUGCCACUUCUUGCGGGAUAAAAGUCCUGCCAUCUUACGUGAACUGGAAGAAGUCCUACAAGCUUUAGCCAAAUUUCACGACCAGCUAGACGGACUGAUUGAACAGACUGGACUCAAAGGGAAACAAUCCGCACGCGUGUACGACGUCCACGGUUGGAAUCUCAGCCUCAUUACGAGUCACGUAGAGCUGCUGCGUCAAUGCCAACGUGAUUGCGGAUUCAUCCUCGAUCAAAUCCGCAAUGCCAAUAUAUCGCUGGAUGGGCUGAGCCGACAUAAUUCCGAACGAUGUUCUCAGCAUCUUCAGGUGGUGUUGUCUUCUUCGUCGGGGUUCGGCAACGCAGACGAACCUUUGGGAGGGGGCCCACUGUCUUCGUCGUCCUCUCCAGCACGUUCGAACGGAACUAGCGGCCACUUGCAGCUGUCACGAUGUACUACCUCACCGAUGCCGAUGCAGCCCGACGAUGUGCAGAAACUGUCCGAACCGAAAUUGAAGGGCAUCUUAAAGAAAUGCAGUUCGGCUCAGGACAUUUGCGCCACAGUCGAUGGGUACGUCAUGUCUGCAACUGCUGCAGCGCAUAGUCCUUACAACCUGUACGGCAGUAGUCCCAGUGGUAGCAGUUGUACCGUAGCGCCGCUUGCGUCCAUGGCUAGCAGCAUUAGCAGUAACAGCAGCGAAGAUGGCCCAAUGACAUCAAACUCUUAGUGAAAAAAACAUCUCAAUGUGUUUGCGGUUUGAUUGGACGAUUGUUUCUAACCAUUCCACCUAAGCAACAAUUUAUUUGUUCGUUAAGGAUUUGAUAGGCUCUUUGAUUUCAGGUCGUUUGAUUGCGGCAUUAUGGGAUAAUUCUUUUUUUUUUUUUUUUUUAAAUCUACCACAAGAUGUUUGAUUCAUUCACAGGCGAAUCAUUCCAGCCCAUCACAUUGCAUUUUGAAUUGGAAGGCGGGAAUGUAAACUUAUGCUAGUCCAUCUAGUCUCCCUUUUUUUUGUUGCCAUUUAUCUCAAUGAAAUUUCUUGUUUUUGUUAGCAACAUUAGCUCGACCGUUAUCUUGUCAUACGCCCCACCAAAUCAAAGCGCUGGUAUUAUAAAAUGCGUAUCGCUAUUGUACAAUGCUUGAAAAAAACAAAACAAAUCCUGUACGUUAUCCCAAUUUGAAAAUUGGCACCUGUUUCGAUGUGAUACUAUUUUUGUUUUUCUUUUUUCGCCGUUUUUAUGCGUACGUAUACAUGUGUAUAUGAUUCUCCUUUUUGCGCGCUUCUUAAGCAACUGUCGAAAGCCAGUUCUCCUGUUUCUUUUAACGGCACAGUAAGUGUUUACGUAAGAGAGUCUCAUUUUGAUUGAUGGUCUCAAACGAUGAAUGAGUUUAAUCUGUUCUCUUCUUUUUUUUUUUUUCUUUCUCUCCCGUUUUAUUCGUGCUUACUAAACGUUGAACGGCUCACUGAAACGUGUCCCCUUCGGAUAAAAAACAAAACAAUGGU